UUCAGCCCUCUUUCAGCCCUCUUUUACAGGCCUCGAUUAUAUGGCACAGAGUGUCAAGGAGUAAAGCAGAUGGUUGGCACCCACGGCUGGCUGGAGCGUACCACAACCACUACCGCUGCCACCACUACCCCUUCCCAGCACAAGAAGCGAGGCUUUCUCAACAACCUCAUGAAGAUUGCCAAGGACGUUACAACCUCCGCCAGGGACAUCACGUCCUCGGCUUCGCGCAGGCCCCGCGAGCGCGGCCAGCGCCCCUCACGCCUGACUGUCUCUCUGGACCCUCGCGAGCAGAGCCUCCUCUACUGCGAGCUCGAGUUCCUCAUCACUACCGCCCUGGAUGGCUACAUCAACAGCCAGUUCAGCUCGGGCCGCCUCGACGCCGACAAGUACAAAAAGGUCGUCGACGGCUGGCAGCAACGCGGUCGCCCCAAGGUCGUGGGCUUCCGCUACGACCUCGAGACCCAGCUCGACCUGGUCCUGCUGCACAGCGAGGACUUCCGCUUCUACGGCAAGCGGGCCGGCCUCCUCGCCGCCGUCAACGGUGUACUCGACAUGAUGCGUGUCGAUGCCCGCGCUCUACGCAUCCGCACCUUUUGCCAGCCAGACACCGUCAUCGCCAAGCAGCUUCUCGACGCCCAGUCCCUCUUCAAUCUCAUCGGCUGUUGCGAGCAGCAGCAGAUCCAGCUGGCCGAGGUUAUCCAGUUCUUCAAGGUCAUCCUUGAG